AUGGCUGAUAAAAAGGACUUGACAAAAUACACAAUUGCAGAAGUUGCUGCCCAUAAUGACGCCUCGUCUACAUGGAUAAUCAUCGAUAAUAAUGUCUACGAUGUAACAAGAUUUUUGGAAGAGCAUCCAGGCGGUGAUGAAGUACUGCUGGAGCAAGCUGGACAAAAUGCAACAGAAAGUUUCAAAGAUAUUGGUCAUUCACGGGAUGCGGUAGAGAUGACCAAAGAAUAUCUGAUCGGUUGUUUAUCCGAUGCGAAUUCAACCUUGGAAGACAAAACUAAUUCAUCCACUGCAGCAGUUAUCGCCAAAAACACUACAUCAUGGAGGCUGAACCCUACGUUGAGAAGGACAGAUACAACGUUUCAUAAGUAUCUCAAUCAGCCUUUCACGGGCUGUUAUGAAGUUGUGGUGUGGUCUUCUUGCAUUGUACUUACUUCACUGGAUAUCAGAAGUAGUGCCGAAAAGUGUUUUAUAGAUGCAGCUGGAACUUCAAUGGAUUUGAUAAAAAGGGUGCUGGAAUCUCAGUUUGCUUGGACAUGCCGGAAUACAAUGUAAUGCGUACUUCAAAAAACCUUCAAUUUGUCAAACAAUGAAGCCAUCUGUGUUACGCAACCACAGCGUCUUUCCUGCAAUAGUUUGCAGGCAUUAUGCAUAAAUAAUGAGAUAAAAUCUCAUUUGGCUGCUGUAUAUUCCAUUGAUUCAUGCCAAAAACGCGUGGAUUCUGAAAGUGGUGCUAAAGCAUUCCUUGCUGACAAGGCGAAUAGUACUACAUCAUUUUCUAUUGAUGAUAAUUUAACGACUGUCACAUUGGAGAAAGGUGUCUCUUCGGAAAGUCUAAAUUUGGGGCCACGUACUGCUGGGGACGGUGCAGAUGAUGAAGAAAGUCUAACUGGUACUUCUGGUGAUUGCAUAUGGCAAGAAAAUUCGGAGGAUGAUGGACAUACAUCCAAAUUCGGUGUAUCUAAAAACAAUAUGGAAAAGCACCAAACUCUCGCUGAAACAUGUGACGAACGAGGAAAGAGGGAUGAAAUUAUUGUUACGAAGCAGAAUAACGUUAAAAAUUUCCCUUAUUUUGCUGUAACCAAUCGAAGUUGGCUGCUUAGGUUAUUUGAAUCAGAUUUAUUCGAUAUUCGGAUAGCUAUACGAUAUCUCUCCAGUUGUAAAGAAGCUGGUGUUUUAAAUUACUUAGGUAAUCGAAUUUUUGAUCUGCCUGCUGAAAUGGUGGAUUUUUAUGUACCACAACUUAUAGUACUGUAUAUAAAUAUACGGGAAGUUGCGGAAGUCAUUCAUCCUUAUAUAGUCAAAAGAUGCAAGGAUAGUGUCGAAUUUUCGCUGGAAUGUUGCUGGUUAUUGGAUGCCUAUGGAGCUAAUAUAUUUCGAAAAUUCGAACAAAAAUCUCACAUAUAUCGUUUAAGGCAGUCAAUUUUUAAUGAAUUUCGUGAAAAAUCACUUGAUCUCAAGGCAACUACGACAGCGUUGUCAUCGCAUGCACAGCGACAUUUCCGGGCGCUUUCAGAAGCUAAUCUCUACAGAACUGUUGAUAAGACACAGCAAGUAAUGCCGAGAAUGCAGAAUAACGAUGAAGUUCCGAAUAAUAAAAGUGUUCAUGGUACAGAAAUUUUAGGAGAUUUGACUAGUGGUGGUGCUUUUGACAAUGGUUGUCCUUGUUUUGAUGAUGAACGAUGCAUAACUGAUAAGGAGAAUGUGAUAAAAAUAGAGUGCAAAUGUGGAGCACUUAAGAUUCAACCGGAACAAGAAUUCGUGAAAGCUUUGAUGAAUAUUGGUAAUAAAUUAAAAGUAUUUUCAAGCAAAGAUGAGCGAACUCGUUGUUUGGUUGAUGAACUUUGUAAAAUUAAUGUCAAUCUUCCUGCACGUGUUUGGUUACCACUUUAUGCACAUUCAUUGAAGCAUAUUGUCCUUCGAAUACCACCACUUGCUGGAUGCAUAUUGAAUAGCAAAGACAAAGCCCCGUAUUGUUUAUUUGUGGAAGUGCUUGAAGUAGCAGAUGUACGACGAACCAAGAUUCCCAAACGUAUUAGCGAUAUUGAAGCAGCAGAAUAUCAGCGCAAGGGUCGUAAUAUUUUUGCAUCAAUGAUGGAAGAUACAAUGGUUGAAUUUAAAAAAAACACUAAAGAAAUCCUAAUUAAAUCCAGUGAUUCCAUAUGUACUGAUGUCUUCUCGAAACCUCUUUCAACAGGUACCUCGCCAGAAUCCAAGGAAAAGGGGAAUAGUGCUGAUAUUCGAAAGCGAUUCUCGCUUUGGGUCAAGGGUCCAAAACGUCAACUACGCGAUACACCUGAUGAUCCAUCAGCCUCAGCGAUGAGUGAACCCUGGGAAGACAAAGUAGCAAGAAUAAGGCAUUCCUCGCCAUAUGGACGUCAUCCUCUUUGGCGUUUAUUGCCAGUAAUAGUGAAAACUGGUGAUGAUUUGAGGCAAGAACUGUUGGCUUAUCAGCUGCUAUCUGUUUUGCGGAAUAUCUGGAUCGAAGAAAAAGUUCCGCUGUAUCUAAGACCAUAUAAAAUAAUUGUAUGCUCUCCAAAUUCAGGGAUGAUUGAACCGAUACUAGACGCAUCGUCGUUGCAUCAGAUUAAGAAAAAUAUGAUAAUCCGUAGUCCAACAUUCGGUGCAAUACAACCGGCACUAUUGACACAUUUUUUUGAAACAUUUGGUCCUCCAAGUUCUGAAGCAUUCCUUGUUGCGCAACAAAAUUUUGUACGGAGUUGUGCCGGAUAUAGUCUCGCUUGCUAUUUCUUACAAGUCAAGGACAGGCAUAAUGGCAACAUCUUAUUAGAUUCUGAGGGACAUUUAAUACAUAUCGAUUUUGGUUAUAUACUUUCCAUAUCGCCGAAAAAUUUGGGUUUCGAAACUUCACCAUUCAAACUAACACGAGAGUUGAUUGAUGUCAUGGGUGGUGUGGAUAGUGAUAUGUUCGGUUACUACAAAAUUCUAAUCUUGAAAGGCUCACAGUUACCUUGUUUUCGUGGUGGCAGCAGCACAAUUCGUUUGUUAAAAGACCGUUUUCAUAUGAACUAUACGGAAGAGCAAUUACGAACAUUAGUAGAUGCCAUGGUCGAACAAAGCCGUGACUCGAUUACUACAAGACUUUAUGAUAAUUACCAAUACUACAGUAAUGGGAUAUUAUGA